UUUUUUUUUUUUUUCUAUCUUUUAUAAUCUUUACUAAUUACUUAAAUAAAUAAUAAAUAUUAGUAAUUAAUAAUAAUAAAAAAAAAUAGUUAUAAUUCAAUAAUAAUAAUAAUAAUUUUUUAAAUAGCUAAAAAUAAUAAUUAUUAUAUUUUAAAACAAAAUUAAACAUUCGUUUUUUUUUUUUUUCUAUAUACUCUAAUAAACCUUUAAUAAUAAUAAUAAUAAUUUAUUUAAUAAUAAAUUUUAAAAUAAUAAAACACAAAAAUGGAAAGUAACAUUUCAAUUUUAAAAUCAAUGUUCCCAAAUAGUUCAGCUGAAACUAUUGUUGCUUCAUUACAAGCUAGUAAUUUCGAUUUGGACCAAGCAAUCGAUAAUAUGUUAAUUCAAUCUGCAGCUGAGGAGCAAAGAAAGAAACAAGAGGAAUUGGAGAGAAAAUUAUUGGUUGAACAACAAAAACAACAACAACCAAUUCCACCACCACCAAUGCCACAAGUUGAAUCUGAAGAAGACAAGAUUCUCAAAGAAUUUUUAUUCCUUGAACAACAACAAAAGCAACAACAACCAAUCCCAAUCCCACCACCAAUGCCACCAAAGGCCCAAAUCGUUGCCCCACCACCAGCUCAUAUUCCAAUCCCACCACCAAUGCCACCAAAAUUAGAAAUUGUUGAAGAAAAAGAAAAAUCUAAAGAUGUUGGCCUUUUAAGAAACAUUUCAAAUACUUUAAGAGAAUUAGAAAAUGAAGUUAAAAACUUAAUCAUGGACCCAAGAAAAGAAAAUAAAGAAACAAUUGUAAUCAAAGAGCAAGUUGUUGUAAAUCCAAAUGAAAAUAAUAAUAAUGAAGUUGUUGUUAACAAACAUUACAGCGAUAAUAAUAAUAACAAUAAUAAUAACAGCAAUGAUAUCAAGAAGGAUGAAAUCGUUGUUAAUCCAAAUCCAAAUAAUAGUAAUAAUGAAGUUGUUGUAAAUAAACACUUUGAAGAAAAUAAUAAUAAUAAUAAUAAUAAUAACGAAAACAAUUCUCAAAAAGAUGAAUCAAAUAUUCCAAAUGAAGUUAAAGUUGCUAUUGAACAAUUAAAUUCAAUUUUCAAUUCCUCAUUAGAAAAAACCGAAAAGAUUUUAUCUGAACUUAAAGAUGAAAUCCAAAGUUGGAAGAUCAAAGACAAUGUUAAAACUUUCACAGUUUCUGUCAGAACUGAACUCUCAGAAAUUUUAUCUUCAUUGGCUAUUUUUAUUUCACCAUCUCAAGAAUAUCAAAGUGUAAAUACCAAUGAACCACAACCAAUUCCAACAGACCUUCUUUAAAAAUUGUCACUUUCUCUUUCUCUUUUCUUCUCUCUUUUUUGUGUUAACUCUAUCAAAUAUUUUAUUUAUUAAUUUGUAAACUAUAUAUAAUUAUAUAUUAUCAUUAUAUAUUUAUUAUUUAUAUAUAUAUCUAUAUAUUAUUUAUUCAUAAUAAAAUUAUACCAUUAUUUUUUUAAACCUAUCCUUUAUUCUAUCUUUUUUUUUUUUUUUUAAAAAAGAGCUGUGCAUUAACUUUUAUUUUAUUAAAAUACUAACUUAUAAAAUUUCUUUUUUUUUCUUUUUAAAAUUUAUAGGAAGAAGGUUUAAAUAAAAGAGAAUUAAAAAGAAUCGAGUUAGAAAAUAAAUUAAAACAACUAAAAGAAUAUAACAGACAACUUGAAGAAGAAAGAAGAAUUGCAAUUGAAAGUAAAAAUAAAAAAACAGAAAACAAUUUAACAAAUAAUAAUAACAAUGCUAGUGAUAAUACCAGUGCCGUUGAGGCCCCACCAACUUAUUAUUAUCAUCAACCAACUCCACAAUCUCACCCACAAUUUUUUAUAAAUAAUAACAAUAAUAACAAUAACCAAUAAAUAAAUUUUAAUUAGUUUCUUUUUCUCUUAUUUGGUAUUUAC